CCCAUCAUGAUGGGCACACCAAAGCUGCUGAUUCUUUUGGGGUAUUUCCUAAUCUGGAAUUCCCCAGGAGUUUUGGGGAGCUACAGGAGAAGCUCUUCCAGGUGCAUCCUGGUUCCAAGAAGCAUGGCUUUGUGCUAUGACAUUGGCUACACCGAGAUGAGACUCCCCAACCUACUGGACCAUGAUACCAUGGCUGAGGCUAUCCAACAGUCUGCCAGCUGGUUGCCCUUGCUGGCCAGGGAGUGCCACCCCGAUGCCCGGAUCUUCCUCUGUUCCCUCUUUGCUCCAAUCUGCCUGGACAGGCUCAUCUAUCCUUGUCGUAGCCUUUGUGAAGCUGUUAGGAGCAGCUGUGCCCCAGUCAUGGCUUGCUAUGGGUACCCUUGGCCUGAAAUCCUGACCUGCAACGAAUUUCCUGACGAUCAUGAGCUGUGCAUCUCUUCAAUCACUGAUGAAAGUGCUUCAAGCAAGAGAAUAGUACCCCAAGCUAGCUGCAGGGACUGUGAACUAGAAGAACCAACCUCUGCCAAGGAGAUCCUGGAACACUUUUGCAACAGUGACUUUGCUGUGAAAAUUAAAAUUUCCAGGAAGAACAAGACCUCUACCAUUGCUGACUUCGACCUUGACUCAAAGUUGGAAGUUCUGAAGCACGGUCCCCUUCUCAAGACUGAAACUUACUCCAAGUUCAAGCAGUGGCUGGAUCUAGAUGCCACCUGUGUUCACAACAUCAUGAGAGGCACAAACACCGGGGUCUAUGUGAUAACUGGGGAGGUGCAGAAUGGCAAAGUGGUGAUGGUGAAUAAGGCCUAUGCAUGGCACAAGAAGAACAGAAAUCUACAAAGUGCCGUGCGGAGGUGGAGGCACUACAAGUGCCGAACCUGA